AUGGCUGACAGCCGACAGGAAGUGGACAGAGAAGAAGGAAACCAGGAGCCCCAGGGCACCAUGGGUUGGAAAGAUGUCAUUGCUGACCGCAUCCUGGUGCGAGCAGAAGUUAUUUUUAGAGGGUAUGUGAUUGAACGUUUUAAAGCGGAGGAGCCUGGUCGACACAUUUCCCCUGAGCUUCUGGGAGGAAGGCCAAAUGAACAACAGGAUCCACAAAUCAAAGAAGUGGUGCAACAGUUGAUCAAGAUGACAAAUGACAUAGACAAGAACAUUGAGCUCCGACGACUGAUCAACCAGAUUCCAAGCAACUGUGCUCAGGACAUCUUCAUGAAGGUGGCCAGGAGCAUCUUUACUGAUGGCAUCAACUGGGGUCGAGUGGCGGCUCUCUUCAGUCUGGCCUACAGACUCAUUCACAAGGAACUGAUCACCAACCAUCCAGAGAACAUCAGGCCAAUUAUAAGAUGGUUUCGCCAGUUCAUCAGAGAGCAUCUCUACUCUUGGCUCGUACAGCAGGGAGGCUGGGUGGGUGCGAUCAUUGGUGUUCCUUGGUGGAGGACAGCAGCCAUAGUAGCAUCAUUAGCAAUGGUAGUAGCUAUUGUUUACUACAGAGAGACGCGCUGA